UAAAAAAAAGACUCUCUUGUACAGUAGGUGGCAGUAUGCACCUCAAUGUUGUUUGCAAUUCUUCAUAAUCCGAGAGAAGAAGAACACACUGACCCGGAACCGUCUUAGAAGUCACAUCUGUGAAGAGGCCGAACGAUCAGCUCUCUGGUAAACAUGGGCCGCCACUUUGGAGAUUUGGCCAAGGUCAGGCAUGUGAUCACGUACAGUCUGUCACCCUUUGAGCAGAGGGCUUUCCCCAACUACUUCUCAAAGGGUCUCCCCAACUUGUGGAGAAGAUUCACAGGUUCUUUCUUCACAGUUGCCCCCCCCAUGGUCCUCGGGUACCUGACCUACAGCUGGGGCAACAGUGUCCACGAACAAAGCAAGAAGAAGAAUCCUGAUGACUUCGCCAAUGAUGAAUGAAGAUUUGACCAUCCCCUGAAAAGCUGCUCUGUUAACUUUAACUCUGUCUAACCAAUAAAAUGGAAACUAAUUGUGUGAAAUCA